UUCCGAUCUCAGUCGCUCACCUACUCCCAUCUCAGACCGAUAAAUGGCGACCGAGACCGCCCUGACCGCGAAGGUGGACGGCAGCGCCGUGGCGGGGCUCGCGCUGGCCGCGGCCGGCGCGCGGCACAUGUUCGGGGUGGUCGGGAUCCCGGUCACCUCGCUGGCCUCCCGCGCGGCCGCCGCCGGGGUGCGCUUCAUCGCCUUCCGCAACGAGCAGUCCGCGGGGUACGCCGCCGCCGCCUACGGCUUCCUGACCGGCACCCCCGGCCUGCUCCUCACCGUGUCCGGGCCCGGCUGCGUGCACGGCCUCGCGGGGCUCUCCCACGCCACCGCCAACGCCUGGCCGCUCCUCAUGGUCUCGGGCUCCUGCUCCCAGCCCGACGUCGGCCGGGGCGACUUCCAGGAGCUCGACCAGAUCGCCGCCACCAAGCCCUUCGCCAAGCUCGCCGUCAAGGCCACCGCCAUCGCCGACAUCCCCCGCCUCGUCUUCCAGGCCCUCGCGGCCACCGUCGCCGGCCGCCCCGGCGGGUGCUACCUCGACAUCCCAUCCGACGUCCUCCACCAAACCCUCACCCAAUCCGAGGCCGACGCUCUCAUCGCCGCAGCCGCUGCCGCCGCUUCCGGCUCCUCCCCACCGAAACACAAAUCCCUAGACGAGGCCAUCGUGAAGGCGGCGGAGCUGCUCCACCGCGCCGAACGGCCUCUAGUCGUAUUCGGCAAGGGCGCCGCCUACGCCCGCGCCGAGGAGGCGAUCCAGAAGCUGGUGGACACCACCGGCAUCCCCUUCCUCCCGACGCCGAUGGGGAAGGGGGUCGUGCCAGACGCGCACCCGCUGUCCGCCACCGCGGCACGGUCGCUCGCCAUCGGCCAGUGCGAUGUUGCGCUAGUCAUCGGUGCGAGGCUCAACUGGUUGCUUCACUUCGGCGAGCCGCCCAAGUGGUCCAAGGAUGUCAAGUUCAUACUCGUGGAUGUUGACGAGGACGAGAUCGAGCUCCGGAAGCCGCACCUCGGGCUCGUUGGGGAUGCCAAGAGAGUCGUCGAGUUGAUCAACAGGGAGAUCAAAGACCAGCCGUUCUGCUUGGCGCGCUCACACCCGUGGGUUGCUGCAAUCACCAAGAAGGCAAAGGACAAUGUGGUUAAGAUGGAGGCGCAGCUCGCGAAAGAUGUCGUGCCGUUCAAUUUCAUGACGCCGCUCCGGAUUAUCCGGGAUGCGAUUCUUGCCGAGGGAAGCCCUGCUCCCGUCGUAGUUUCAGAAGGGGCAAACACCAUGGAUGUUGGCAGGGCCGUGCUUGUGCAGAAUGAGCCGAGGACAAGACUGGAUGCAGGGACAUGGGGGACGAUGGGGGUCGGUUUGGGGUAUUGUAUUGCAGCUGCAGUGGCUGAGCCGAAACGACUCGUGGUUGCUGUGGAGGGCGAUUCUGGAUUUGGAUUCAGUGCAAUGGAGGUUGAGACAUUAGUAAGGUACCAGCUGCCUGUUGUCGUAAUCGUUUUCAACAACAACGGUGUCUACGGCGGCGACCGAAGAAGCCCCGAGGAGUUAAUCGGGCCCCACAAAGACGACCCUGCCCCAACUUCUUUCGUUCCGGCUGCGGGUUACCAUAAAAUGAUGGAAGCCUUCGGCGGAAAAGGUUACCUCGCCGAGACACCGGACGAGCUGAAAUCGGCCCUCUCGGAAUCGUUUCGUGCCAGGAAGCCAGCGGUGAUUAAUGUGAUCAUCGAUCCUUAUGCCGGCGCAGAGAGUGGCAGAAUGCAGCAUAAGAACUGAAUGUGUUACUGUACCAUAUACGGAGGUGCUGAGUGAAUAAAAGCUUCUUUAUUA